CUUUUACAUACGAGUAAUAUUACGCCAGCAGCUGAGUGACCUGACUAUCAGCAUUCAUACGGCAAUCUCUGUCGCACAGCCAUCAGCCAAAAUGACAGCCCCUCCUCCACACCAAGCAAAGUUCCUCCCUGACCGCCAUGACUUGGGCGUCGUCGCAGUCGGCUUCAGUGGCGGCCAACCCAAACCCGGCGUCGACGCCGCCCCAAUGGCCCUCAUCGAAGCCGGCCUAAUCCAGCAACUCGAGCACGACCUCGAAAUGAACGUCAGCUACGAUGGCACCGUGCACAACUACUCCGAACUCCUCCCCUCCGACGACCCAGACUACCGCGGCAUGAAGCGCCCGAAAUUCGCCAGCGCGGUAACCCAAUCUGUCAGCGCGCAAGUCUACGCGCACGCCGUGUCCGGGAAAAUGGUGCUCACGCUCGGCGGCGACCACAGCAUAGCUAUUGGCACGAUCAGCGGGACGGCGAAGGCGGUGCGCGAGCGGCUGGGGCGCGAAAUCGCCGUCAUCUGGGUCGAUGCGCAUGCUGAUAUCAACACACCUGAGACGUCAGAUAGUGGGAAUAUUCACGGCAUGCCUGUGUCGUUUUUGACGGGGCUGGCGAAGGAGGGCCGCGAGGAUGUGUUUGGGUGGAUCAAGGAGGAGCACUUGCUGAGCACGAAGAAACUUGUGUAUAUUGGGCUGAGGGAUAUUGAUAAGGGGGAGAAGAAGAUUCUGAGGGAGCACGGGAUCAAGGCGUUUUCGAUGCAUGAUGUUGAUAGACAUGGUAUUGGCAAGAUCAUGGAUAUGGCGUUGGCUUGGAUCGGCAUGGAUACGCCUAUUCACCUGUCGUUCGAUAUCGAUGCGCUGGAUCCUAUGUAUGCGCCUAGCACGGGUACGGCUGUACGAGGCGGUCUCACUCUGCGCGAGGGCGACUUCAUCUGCGAGUGUGUCGCGGAGACUGGAUCGCUCAUCGCUCUGGAUCUUGUCGAAGUCAACCCAAGCCUUGACGAGCAGGGCGCAAGCGACACUGUACGCGCUGGUUUGUCGAUCGUUAGGUGUGCGCUCGGAGACACACUUUUGUAAGAUAUCGUGUAUGGGACUAGGAUAGGCACGGCGCACUCGGCUAGAGGUAGAGCUUACGACACAAGUAAUGAUCACUGAAUGGAUGCACAUAUUUCCGGA